AUGCCUGCAAACCACCUCGCCUUCACUGCCCCUCUCAACCCUGCAGGAGCUAGUCCAACCCUCAAGCAAGGGCAGGUAUGGGCCGGCCUACUCCUCAAAAUCCGUUCCGCCGAAACCUUCGUUCCCAAGGCCAUCCAGUCCACCACCGUUAUCUCUGAAUCUACGGAUCCAUCCACAGGGAAUCCAGUCACAGUUCGCGAAAUAGUUUUCUGUGAAGACCAGCGCAAAGUGCGAGAGACAGUCACAGCAUACGAACCUUCCAGAGUGACCUUCGUGCAGCCGGACGGAAGCAGUAUUAGCAAUGUGAUCAGUGAGGGCGCUGAUGGGGAGUUGUAUAUGACCUAUGCCUUCGAGUGGAGACACCCGGGAGCCUCCAAGGCAGAACUCGCAGCAUUUUUGGAGAAGGAGAAGAAAAUGAGCCAGAUGGCUGUGGAGGGGACAAUUACUGUUUUGCGGGAGUUGGCCAGAGAUGGAAAGAUUUGA